AAACCCGGGAAAAAGAAUCUACUGAAGCGCAUGCGCACAACAAAUCAGAUGAGCGUGUCGCUGUCGUUGUGAAACUGGUAAUCAGGGGAAUCUAUUUGGAGUAACUGUCAACGUUCGUGUGACUGUUUAAGUCCAAAACCUUACAAAAAUGGAUUUCCAGCAUCGAGCUGGAGGGAAGACGGGGAGUGGAGGGGUGGCGUCUGCCUCUGAGAGUAACCGUGACAGACGAGAACGGUUACGUCAGUUGGCCUUGGAGACCAUUGAUAUCAACAAAGACCCCUACUUUAUGAAGAACCAUUUAGGAUCAUACGAGUGUAAACUUUGUCUGACACUUCACAACAAUGAGGGAAGCUACUUAGCUCACACACAAGGAAAGAAACACCAGACCAAUCUAGCACGGAGGGCAGCCAAAGAAGCAAAAGAAGCUCCUGCUCAACCAGCUCCAGCCAAAGUGAAAGUUGAGGUCAAGAAGUUUGUCAAAAUUGGUCGACCAGGAUACAAAGUGACCAAACAGAGGGAUCCAGAGAUGGGACAGCAAUCUUUACUUUUCCAGAUUGACUAUCCAGAGAUCGCUGAAGGAAUUGGUCCCAGGCAUCGCUUCAUGUCUGCUUACGAACAGCGCAUUGAGCCUCCCGAUCGUCGCUGGCAGUACCUGCUUUUUGCUGCUGAACCAUAUGAGACCAUUGCUUUCAAGGUACCCAGCAGAGAAAUUGAUAAAGCAGAAAACCGCUUCUGGACCCACUGGAACAAAGAAACUAAACAGUUUUUCCUACAGUUCCACUUCAAAAUGGAGAAACCUGUUACCCAGUCGAGCGGCCCAGUACCUGCUGCCACUGUGAAGCGUCCUCCUCCCCUUAUGAGUGGAGAUCACCCAUCAAACGAAUCUCUGCCCCCUCCCCCUCCAGGGGGAAUGCCCAUCCCUCCUCUUCCGCCUGGUGCCCCAGGAGCCCCUCAGAUGCCCAUGCCCCCCAUGCCAAUGAGGCCACCCCCUCCGGAGGGCCUUACAUUAGCUAAUAACUGAUCUCUGGCCAGUGAUCUGUUUUGAGUGAUUUACUUUGAUUUCUGUAAUGGUGUGUAGUCACACUGCCCUGCCUGUUUACAGUGUCCAUCUCCUUGUAGAUACUGCAGUUAUGUUUAGUUUUAUUAUUUCUGCAAAGGGUUAAAGUUCAUGUUUAUUGGAGUUUUCAGUCUUUGUUUGGUUUAUGUAAAUGUGCAGGGCAGUCUCUUACUGCAGCAUCAUAAAUAUGACCACACUCUUUUGUAAUAAUAUCCACAUUCUGGAUAUGGAGGUGUGAUUGGAAGUUUGUAUUUUAGGAUUAUGGUUUUGUAAUUAAAUGCUGUGGACAAACAGAAAAUGUUU